AACGACGCCGAGAGCGCUGUGCGAGGCUGCCUCGGCAUGGCGGACGACAAGUCCCAUGCCUCCCUCGGCUCCCACAGGACCGCGGGCUCCAAGGGCUCCAAGGGCUCCAAGGGCUCCAAGGGCUCGCGGAGCACCCGGAGCCACGGCAGCUCGUCCCGGGGCAGCUACGCGGACACGGGCCGCCACGGCAGCAACUUCUCGACCGUGGCGCCCUUCGUCAUCGCGAAGCCGUUCAUCCUCAAGAAGCAGCGGGUCCGCGAGGAGGCGGCGGCCAAGGCGCGGCAGGUCGCGACGGCGGAGGAGAUGCUCGCGGCCGACCGCGAGGCGAAGAUCUUCGAGCGCGAGAUGAAGCUGGGCCGGAAGCUGACCGCGCGCGAGCUCAAGCAGCACGAGCCCGGGGGGGGCGUGCACCUCACGAGCGCGGAGGUGCGCGAGUACCUGGGGCUCGACGGCCCCGUGCGCAACGUGCCGCGGAAGCGGAGCAUCAGCGCGGAGUCGGGCGGCCAGAUGGUCGCCGACCUGUCGGCCGUGAAGAAGGGCCAGGACGCGGCCGGGGGCGACGGCCCCGCGGGCGUCCUGUCGGCGGAGGCGUCCUUCAUCCAGAAGCGGCGGGAGCUCCGCGAGGUCAUGGAGGCGCGCGAGGACAAGGUCGAGAAGACGAUGACCCCGGAGAUGGCGGCGAUGGCCAAGAAGUGGCGCGAGAAGGCCGAGGCGAACGCGCAGCGCCGGCAGCAGGGCGGGCUGGACACGCUGGCCGAGGAGCCCGAGAGCGACGACGACCGGCCGCUCGUGGCCUACGACUACAGCGGCGGGCACGGCGGGCGGCGGUGGCACCGGCCCUCGAAGUACGCGCGGGCGAGCGGCGGCGUCGCGCCGGGCGCGGCCGACAAGGCCGUCAAGACGCUGACGCCCGCGGACUUCGCCCGGGCGGAGGAGGCCGACGUCGAGUUCCUCGAGUCGCCGAUGCCGCUGCCCCAGGACCCGCCCGGCUGGCGGUACAAGGCGGGCGGCGCGGGCGUGGGCUACUACUUCGUGCGCGACCAGGCGAUGCUGGAGGACCUGACGACGAACCGGCGCUCGCGCAGCAGCGUGACGGGCGCGCCCCAGGUCGAAAAGCGGCAGGGCUGGGGCCGGCGGUGCAUGCGCGCCUUCGCGGCCAACGACUUCAAGGCGCUCCGCCGUGCGGAACUCUACGCCAUCGAGCUGCCGCGGUCGCGGGGACGACGUCGCGUCGACGGCGCGGGGCGGCCGAAAUUUGAUUUCCACGCAGGCGCUCCGGGCCGCGUACACGGCGACGGCGCCGACCCACGAGGACGGCGUCAUCAACCUGAAUUCGCGGGUCAAGGGCGGCGCGUCCUGGUACUACGGCGACUUCUACGUCCGCCUCGGCAUCGACCCCGAGCCGUUCCCGCCGCGGCCCGGCGACACGCUGCUCCACAUGGCCCUGCGGCACAAGAGGAGCGCGUCGUUCGUGGCGACGAUCCUGCACCUGGGCGCGGACAAGGAGAUCGCGAACAACUGCGGCGAGAAGGCCUACGAGCUGGACCCGGCGGCGUUCAAGCUCGCGGAGGCCCUCGUGGAGCAGUGGGCCAAGGAGCAGGGCGAGAAGAUGUACGGCGGCGCGUCGAAGGGCUCCGGCUCGACGAAGAGCAAGAAGAACAAGAAGAAAAAGUGGUACGCCGACGGCUACGACGGCUACUUCCGCGCGCGGACCGAGGCCGAGGCGCGCGAGCAGGCCACGGCGGCGGGUCUGCCGCCGGACACGCCGCUCACGCGGCGGAGGAGGAAGCACGACGACGGGAGCACGCUGACAUCCGGGAGUUCCUACGUGACCGCCGACAGCUCGGUCACGGGCGACUCGGGCUCGGUCGCGUCGGGCAGCGUCGACUCGCGGAGCGUGUCGCUGCCGCCGCUCGCCGAGGGGGCGGCUGGCGCGCGAUGAAGACAGCGACGAAUAAAUCUGUAUGUACU